GUCCUGCUUUAUUUCAGGCUGCAUGAAGCAGAAUAAUAACUAGAGGAAGGGGUCUAUACAGUAAAUGCUGCAUCGUCUACAAUUUUGAGAAAGAUGUUACUGUAUCGGUGUACAAUAAAUUUCGUGUUUUAUACAUCAGUACCAGUAAGAAGAUGCUUUAUCUAUUCUGUGUGGAUUCUUCUGUGUUAUCAUUCAGCCGUAAGUACACAAAGUUGUACUGAGGUCAAUCAGACAGAGUCCAUUGUCCACCAUCAGAUCUCUCAGGGACUGUCAACCACCAUCAACUGCCAUUACAGAAAAAGCAACAGUCAAUCUCUAACAGCAUCUUUGAGAACAACACAUAACCUGUGUAUAUACCUCUAUUUAAAUACAUCCUGGACUAAACAAUUCUGUACUGAUGACAUCAGAUUUACAUGGAAUCCAGAAACAAAGGAAAUAUCAUUUCAGCUCUUAAAUCUUCAGAUAAAUAAUUCAGGUCUUUACACAUGUACUAUCGACAAUAUCUUCCCACCUCCUGAAAGGUGUUUGGGACAGGAGACGAUAUUCAUUCAUGUAAAAGCCGUAAGUACACAAAGUUGUACUGAGGUCAAUCAGACAGAGUCCAUUGUCCACCAUCAGAUCUCUCAGGGACUGUCAACCACCAUCAACUGCCAUUACAGAAAAAACAACAGUCAAUCUCUAACAGCAUCUUUGAGAACAAAACAUAACCUGUGUAACUACCUCUAUUUCAAUACAUCCUGGACUAAACAAUUCUGUAUUGAUGACAUCAGAUUUACAUGGAAUCCAGAAACAAAGGAAAUAUCAUUUCAGCUCUUAAAUCUUCAGAUAAAUAAUUCAGGUCUUUACACAUGUACUGUCAACAAUAUCUUGCCACCUCCUGAAAGGUGUUUGGGACAGGAGACGAUAUUCAUUCAUGUAAAAGGUUCUCCUGUGCGUGUUAUAGUGACUGGGACACUUUUGGGCUUAUUGAUCAGCACUACUUUGUUCGUCGAGAUUUACUACCAAUGUUUCACUGCCCGACGUGGCCGGUCUACUGCUGAUGGGACUGUGGCACCUGAACUUGUCGCUCACACUCAGGUCUAGUCCUUCAACACUGCAAACUGCAACCAAGAAAGACGUUUUGAUGACGAGGAGUACUAGUACUAUUGAAUAACAUGAGAGGGUACUCCUCCCUGCCAAUAGAGGUCACAAUCUCCCUAAUUCUAGUUCAGCCUCCACCAGCAAAACUCCAUGUCACAGUAUACUGUACAGUAGAAAUCCAUUAAGUUCAGCAACACAUGCUUUGCUGAAGGAAUUAUGAGCCUUGGAGCCUUGGUUUUCUCUAUUUGAUUUUAUUAGUUUGUAUGCUUGGCCUUCAUAAUAAAGUGCUUCUGAAUUUCA